UUUGACUACCAUGAUAUAAGGAACUUCAACGCUAUGUACUUCUGCAUCACUUCAAUCAAGAUGAAACCCAGCAUUACUCUUGGUGUUUUGUGUGCACUCUUCUCUAAUGUGGCUGCGUUGACUUGCUAUCAGUGCAUUCCUGAUACCGACCAGAAGUGCACAGAUACUGGAACCUGCAGUGGCCAAUCAUGCGCUAGUAUCACUGUGAACGCAUAUGAAGGUGGUAAACAAGCGGUAGAAGUGAAUUCGAAGAGGUGUUUGCCAUCAGAGAGUUGCACCUCUUGGUCAAUGAACUUCGGAACUGUUAGGACAACAAUGAGCACCAAAUGCUGCAAGACUGACCGAUGCAAUUCUCAGAAAACUUCAGAGCUAAAUCCAAAUACUCUCAAUGGGAAGAAAUGUUUCACCUGUGAGGGAGGCGAUUGCACAAAAAUGAUGUCCUGUUUUGGAAACGAGGACAGGUGUAUUAAAGCAACUGAUACUAAGAACGGGAAGACAACCAUUCUGAAAGGAUGUGCCUCUAGCAAUAUCUGCAUAGGAGACGUGUCAACUCACAUUGGCUCUGAAAUUAUUGACAUACACUGUUGUGAGGGACACCUGUGCAACAGUGGCAAAAGCGUGGGGCGGAGUGUUAUGCUACUGCUUGGGUCUCUUGUCUCUGUCUUGCUCUUCCAUUAAAUGGUCAGUGUUAUGGAUGAUAAUUUCAAAUAAAAUAGAAUAAUGAUUCAUAAUUAAAUUUAUGAAUAAAUGUUUUUGAGAGACACACAUAUACCUGUUGUAAAUCACAAAAUACAUACAUGGAAAAAGUGCAAAAGAAAAAUAAAUUGACAUUUAAUUUGCAUGUUUUCUGUCGCAAUAGACAAAUAACAAUAAACAAUAUUAAACUA